ACAAUUCUCGCGAGAAGUAAGAACUGCAGUGGUGAUAAGUUAAAACAUUUUCAAUCUUGUUAAGCUAAUUAACUCAUCAGAUACGGUAGUACUUUGCUGACCCAUUUUAGACGUGUUUCUGUUCGAUGCUAAAUUCACGUAUACCCUCACGUCACUGCUCUACAGUGACCUUUUUAUUUUAUUUUUACCAGAAAGGGGAAAUGUGACUUCCGCAUCCGUUAAAUUGUGUUUCGCGGGUCAGCACGAAAAGGAUAUUUUAAAACGAAUAUGCCAACCAGCUCAACUCACUGCGUAUUUGUGGAAAAUUGUCAUCGUUUUAAACUUAUGUUCACGUUAACUAAUUGUUUAUAACACGAGUUGUACUGCAUGUUAGAAGUUGUAAUGGCGGUGCGACUUCCAGCACCACACGUAAGCAUGUCCCUGCUGUCUGUAGUCGAGCAAAGUAUCAAGUUCUGCAAAGCCGAACAAGCGAAGAUCAAUAACACCAUUCAACUCUACAGAGAGUUAUUGCAGACCCUAACACCACAACCAAACAUGGAGGAGUCAGUCUGUGCAGAGGAUGUUGCUCCUGACACAGAUACCUCACCAGGGGAGAGAGAAGACAUAGAAUUGCUGGAGAGAGCCCUGGAAAAAGCCCUUCAGGUCCGCACUGGCACUGGAUCGUCUAAAAAGGACUCCAACAGAAACCAAGUACCCGCACAUCUAAAGGAACCAGCCACUACUGUUGUCACAUUUAAGGAGAGAAAGCAGACAUCUGCAGCCUCCAAAGUAAAUCAAACCACCAGAUCAACCUCUAAAUCUGCCAGUCUUGACAGGAAAGAGUACAAAAAGCCUGGCAUGUCACUGUCCACAAGCAAGGCAUCGAGGCAAUUGCAGCAAGGUGCCACAGCGUCUGGCUCUCUUUGUCAGGGUCAGUUAAAUACUUCGUCUCUCCCCUAUAAAAAACAAACUAUAAGCAACGUGCUGAGUGGCAGCAACAUUGAAGCUGAAGCCAUGUCCACUCCCUCUUCAAAUGACACAGUGUCUGUUUCACAUACAGGGGAGUCUAUAACUCCCAGGAUGCCACCACAGAAUUGGAUAGCUUGUGAUCAAGCUGCAAAGUGGAAGUCCCUACGGGGCAAACAAAACAGGUUGUGGGACAAAGUUACAGCUGUACAGAGGAAACCUGUGCCUGGGAGGAGUCACUUCAUGGAGAGAAUGAGAGCUACGUUCCCCGAGGACUGGCCACGCAGCUGCCCAGAUCAGACCAGGGCUCGGCUCAACAGACUGACACACCAAGGGCUUGAACUGACCCAGCAAUGCUAUAUGAAGGAGAUUCAGGCCAAACAGACCCCUGAAGCAGCAACAACAGAUUUGGGUGAUAAGAGAAAGAAGUAUGUCUCCAGUCUUCCUCAGGAACAGAUGCAGAUGACAGCAGCAGAGCUCCACAAUUGUGCAGACCAAACAAAAAAAGAGUGGGAAGCAUGGGAUCGAUGGAGGCCGGAGGGAGGUUGUCUUUGCCCCACUGGGGCAAAUGGUGUGUUGGGAGAUGUGAUAAUUGCACCCCUGCCCCUGACUGUAACCUACACAUCAGAGGCUGAGCUCAAAGAGUUGGAGCAGCUGAGAAUCAGAGUUGCUCUGCUACAACAAGACAUUAAACUAGAGCAGGGUCUGUUGGACACUAUAAACCCUCGGCUAUUGUCCACAGUACCUGGGCCUGGAUGUCCAAACAUCAGCAUGCUAAGAGACAUGUACUCCCUGCUGGGGGAGGGAGGGGAGCGUUUCCCUUCAAUAGUGCUCGACUCGGAGCCUGACUGACAUUGAUUCACCAGUUUACUAGUUUACUUACAGUUUACUAAGUGCUGCUUCUGCUUCCAUUUGCACAGAGAAGAGAAAUAAGAUAUUACAAACACUUCUAAGUAAAUGCAAUCCAGCGCAACAUUGUGCAGUCUCCAACCCAGUCUCCGACCCCCCUGUCACCUUCAACACAACAUGAAUAUUGUGAAUUCUGAGAGACCUUUAAAUUUAAUCUGAACUGAGUAUGUGUAUUUUGUGGGAUUUCAUUUUUAUUGUUUUCAAAGAUAUGCUGCACGAUGAAAUAUCAGCUGUAUAAGAUAGGACAAGGCAUAUCAUAGAGCAAAACAAACAACAUAAUAAAUAAAAGAAGGUAUGGAGACACCCACCCCACCUCAAAAUAGAUCUCUGUAUGAUUUCAAUAGAGAAUAUGUAUUCCAAGUAAUAAAGGAGGUAAAUGGUGAUAUUAACAACAUUAGUAAUAUGAAUAUAAAUAAAGUAGCAACAACAAUAAAAGGGAAACUGAGUAUGGACUGAAUAUGCGAAUUGAAUAAACUGGUUAGUUUCUAUUCAUCCAAAUCAAGAUGAAUUUGUGAUAAGUAAUUGUUUCAGAAUGCUGUGGCUAUUGUGACAGAAUGCUAUUUAUUUAAACUGUCUAAUAACCUGUGUGGGAUUUUUUAAACGUCGAUCAAGCAUUUCUCCAUUCUGACUGUAGCAUGCUGUUGGUACAUAUUUGUGAAAUGGUUUCCUGUGAAAAUUGUGAAAUUAAGAAAAUGUUUGCAUUUUUAUUAAUUAAAAAUCCAACUUUUCACCCAAA